AGACGCAAUUGUUUGGAACGGAGUUGAUUCCAAUGUUUUUGGCUUUUGUGGUGGAAUUUAGACCGGUUUCUUGCAGAUUGUAACGCGUAUCGGACCGCUUCUGGCCACCAUGUUCGGCACACAACAACUCGCCGCCAAUACGGGCUUCGGCAACCCCACCCCAACCACGGCCAGCAACCCGAUGAAGGACUUCGAAGUGAGCUCACCGCCCGAGGACACCGUUUCGGCGAUGGAAUUCAGCCCGGCCACGCUGCAGCAGAACUUUCUGAUCGCCGGCAGCUGGGACUGUAGCGUGCGCUGCUGGGAAGUGGAGCAGUCCGGCAAGACGGUUCCCAAGUCGAUCAAAACGAUGGGCGGCCCGGUGCUGGAUGUGUGCUGGGCGGACGAUGCCAGUAAGGUGUUCAUCGCGUCGACCGACAAGCAAGUCAAGUGCUGGGACCUGGCCUCCGAUCAGGUCGUUCAGGUGGCCCAGCACGAUGCCGCGGUGAAGACGUGCCAUUGGGUGAAGGGAACCAGCUACACGUGUCUGAUGACGGGUUCGUGGGACAAAACGCUCAAGUUCUGGGACACCCGGACCCCGCAGCCGAUGAUGUCGAUCCAGCUGCCGGAGCGUUGCUACUGUGCCGACGUCGACUACCCGAUGGCGGUCGUCGGGACUGCCGGGCGCCACGUGCUGAUCUACUCGCUCGAAAACAAACCGACCCAGUUCAAGCAGCAGGAGAGCCCGCUCAAGUACCAGCACCGGACCGUGUCCGUGUUCCGCGACAAAAAGAAGGCUCCCACCGGAUACGCACUCGGUAGUAUCGAGGGGCGCGUGGCCAUCCAGUAUGUUAGCCCGUUGAACCCGAAAGAUAACUUUACCUUCAAAUGUCACCGCUCCAAUGGUUCGACCGGCUACCAGGACAUUUACGCCGUGAACGACAUCGCUUUCCACCCUCUGCACGGCACGCUGGCAACGGUCGGCUCGGACGGAACGUUCAGCUUCUGGGACAAGGACGCUCGCACGAAGCUGAAAUCUUCGGAAACCAUCGACCAGUCCAUCACCAAGUGUUGCUUCAACAGCAACGGCCAGAUCUUUGCGUACGCCGUCGGAUACGACUGGUCGAAGGGCCACGAGUACUACAAUCCGCAGAAGAAAACGUACAUUUUCCUUCGCUCGUGCUUCGAAGAACUAAAGCCCCGCGUUUCCAGCUAAGCGCUGGGCCCCGUAAAUUCAAAUCCCACGGUCUGCGGUCUGCUACAGAGCGAACAGAUUUAUUAUUUGAAGCGUUCUCGAUCGGAAAUAAAAUCUAAUGCAUGAUUAGCAACAACCACACGACUCGCGCGGCACUUCUUCCUUGGGGUCCUACUACGUUAGUGGUGGCUCUUUUCAUCGCCAUGCCCGUUGCCGUGACCGUGUCCGUGUCCGUGGUAGUCCACGCCGAGUGCAUACUCUACACCGAGCGUGGCAACGAAGGCAGCAAAACCGAGCGGGAAUCCCUUGAACAGGAACGUUACGAGCCUCGCACGAUGGGUGGAGAACUGGGCCACAUUGUAGCGCCACACUUCGUUCCUUAGCCACGGGUCUUUCAGGCCGCGGCGCGCCAGGGCACGCUCUACUUCCUCCAGUUGCGGCGCAUCAGCCACCUUGUAGAUCGAUGCAUCCGGCACCUUGUACGGUGGCCCGUGACCAUGCCCGUGGCCCAUGUUCGC